GCUGGUACUACGUCUAGUACGGCUGCUGCUGGUGCUGCUAAUACUACUACUACGACCUCCACUACUACUGCUACUGCUACUACUACUACUACUUCUACCAGCACUACCGCUGCUGCUACUACUACGGGUAAUGAUCGUCGCAGAGAGUGUCAGGUAGGGGAGGGUCUACUGAAGUGCUGUCAGCUUUCAAGUGCCUUUUUGGACACCCUCGCUGCUGCUGUUGCUGCUGCCAAGCUCUAGGUUGCCACCGCGAUGGAGGUUGACGACCCCGGAGCUGAGCAACCUCAUGGAUUUUCUUCGGUGCUGAACAGCGCCUGCAGUCGCGUGGCGUAGGAAGAGCAUUGUCGGAAUUCGAUUUGGUGUUGACCAGUGCGACGAGGGGGUGGAUGCUCAAGGAUGGUGUGUCGAAUGCGAUCGCUUUACUAGGUUUGGUACGAGGAUUUGGAAAUUGAAGACGAUGCUUUCACGGAGAGAAAUUCUUAUGCAUCUGUAAUAGCCUGCUUAGCGUCAAUGGCUCAUAUUUAAGCGGGAAAAUCCAGUGUUGAGGGAGUCUUACAGAAGAGCAAGCGCAGAGGCGAUUAUGUCCUCGCGAAAAGUAAAUAUUGCCAGCAUACAGUUACAACGCGUUUUGGGACAUCAGUACUCACUAUGCGCACCAAAAGGUAGCAAGUGAAGGCAGUUGAAGAAGAAGGGGGAGAGCGGGGUCAAUGAGGAGCAAGCAUUGAGGAGUGGACGUAUCGGACACACAUCAAUGGAUACACAGGUUACAUUUGAGAACCUCUUGCACGAGUUAGGAGAAAAGAGUGUUAUUAAGAGUGGAGGCAUGGAUAGUAUUGGACCUGGCCAAGGUUUACACACGCCGUUAGCCUUACGUCCGCAUACCCCAAUGCCGGUUUCAGGGACUGGCAACCCUCCAUUAGAAAGCGGCUCAUCAAUGCCCAAUUUAAUGGCGCCAAUGACUUCAAGAAUGGAGUUGAACAUCGGUGGAGCACCUUAUCAAGGGUAUCAAAUGCCCAUGAAGAGAAAGAGGGGAAGGCCUCGUAAGUAUACGACGGGUGAUUCACCUCAAGUAACUGUAUCAGGUUUUGGGAAUACUUCUCUUUUCUCAGCUCUUGCCAAGCAGAUUGCAGCUCCUUAUACACCUCCAGAUAAGUCGGAAAAGCGGGGAAGAGGUCGUCCAGUUGGCUCUACCAGAAAGCAACAAUUAGCCAAUUUGGGAGUUGUGUUAGCAGGUACAGGAAAGAGCUUCACGCCUCAUAUACUGACUGUACAUACCGGAGAGGAUGCCUCAUCAAAGAUCAUGCAAUUUGCACAACACGGUCCCCGCGCUAUGUGUGUGUUGUCUGCCAAUGGUGCUGUUUCAAAUGUCAUGCUGCGCCAGGAUUCGUCAUCAGAAGGCACUGUCACGUAUGAGGGUCGGUACGAGAUUCUUUCCUUGUCAGGUUCAUAUCUUCCUCUAAGCGGUGAAGAUGGUGCAAAACAACGAACAGGGAUUGUAAGUGUGUCCUUGGCAGGCAGUGACGGACGAGUUUUUGGUGGAAGGGUUGCUGGAAUGCUUACGGCGGCUUCUCCUAUACAGGUGGUUGUUGGAAGUUUCCUCUUAGGUCUGUUGAAGACGGAUUCUAAAGUUGAUUCACCCCUCCGUUUGACUCAAGGAGAAUUAUCUGGCAUGAAGACGCCUUUUGCCACUCAACAAAUUUCAUCACGUAAAAGUUCAGUAUUUCUAUCGCUGAACCUCAACGGUACAGGUGCUGGACCUCAAGAAGGCAACCAGGCGUCACCUGCGAGCGGGCAAUCCUCUGAUGCAAGACCACAGGCUGUCGGCGUGUUUCGACCUUCUGAAGGCUGGGGCAUUGCAUCCCACAUCUCUCUUUUGGGGGACAAUCGAAGAGCAGAUAUCAACAUAUCAUUGGCAGGUGGUUAACAACCAGCAAGCUUCUUGCUCUGGCCUUUGGUUAUACAAUUCUGAAAGUCUGCUGCGCGGAGGCUACGGACAACAAAUGAAGUAGAUCUGCUCUCAUGGCGCUCUCGUACCGCCUUCGUAUUAACAUCCACCACAUAGACAUGGAAUACCGUUUUUUUUUCCUGAAGUUCCCGUAUUCAUCUUUUUGCCCAAAUCAGCCAAAGCCGCAGUUGAACACGGUAUUGAUAGAACUAGGCACAGGGAGAAAAGCCAGCUCUUCAUUGCUUUGGAAUAUUGAUUAAUUCAUUCUCUUGUGUUGUUCAAAUCAUCCUUGUAUAAUAAUCUGGAUCUACUUUGUUUUUUCCC